UCGUCGCGCAAGGCAACAACCGCCGAUGCAACCCGACCGUUCCAGGCGCUGCCGUGUCCUCUCAUCUGCCGGCACGCUCCGCUCUCGGAUCUCUCGGCAAUCAACUACUCGCGUCUGCUGACAUCGCUGACCGAAAAGGCUGGUCCGAGCCAACGCCCCGGUCGUGGCCAAAGCGCUAUUUCGGAUGUAGGAACGUUGUCGGCCAUGAGUGUCAAGCCAUUCAGCAAGCAUGUUGCAUUCUUGCUCGCCGAGUUCAUUUCGAUCCAGACCUCGAGCCGACCCAUCCAUCCGCGCCGGAAGCACGACAUUGUGCAAGGCAUCUAUGCGCUGCUGGAUCUUUGCGGCGAGCACGGCCGUGAGAUGAUGCUGGCAGCGGCAGACUCGCUUGGCUCGGGCGGUCGGGAUCUGUUCAAGUCGCUCGUCAGUGAGUGGGAGAAGAGCCAUCGCUUCAAGGGCAAGGUGUAGUCAUGCAGCCAGCGAUUGCACACCACCGUCGAGGCCGAACGAUUGCGCAUCGCCGUCGCUGAGAGUCCGGACUAAUAUACAGCACGUUGACGACGA